ACACCUUAAAAAACACACCAAUCCUUCCUUGCAGAGAGCAGAAAACACCUCCUCUCUUUGAAGAUUCUCUCCCUCCUCGCCCAACUCGUGAAUCUUUGACUGCUCUUCUUCUUCAUCUCGUAUAUUCUAAAGUACCCAUUUGCUAAUUCCCUCGGAAUUUCUCUCUUGCGGGGGCACCCCUAGUUUCGUGGAUACUUCUGACAGGAACCCUGAUCUUGAUCUUGCAUAUACUCAAGAACAAGUUUGUUUUUUAUUUGUGACGUUCUUGUCGGCUCCGCGAGAGGGGAGGAUAUGGUGGGGGCUCUAUUCGUCGUGGGCUCGUCGGUCGUGGAAUCGCACACGUCUCCAUGCCUGUGCCUCGAUUCGCUUCCUUCGAGCAUGAGCCUCAAGAGCGGUGGAGAUUUAGUCAGCUUGCACAGGAGCGCGUUGGGAAGGAAGCAGCUCUCGAGGCCCGGAUCGUUGGAGCUGGGGAGCUCGUUCCUUGACUCGUGGAAUGAAUGGCGGCUCAAGGCCAAGGCGAUUUCCGGCAACACAAGGCGCCGCCGCUGCUUCUUGAAGAAGCAGCGGAAGCACCAGAACUUCAAGGUCGUGAGCGAGGUGGCCGGGCAGUAUGAAGACAGUUUCGAGGAUGUCAAGACGCAAAUACUCAAUUAUUUCACGUAUAAAGCCGUGAGGACGGUUCUCAGCCAGCUGUACGAGAUGAACCCGACGCAGUACAGGUGGUUUUAUGAAUUCGUCGCGACAAACAAGCCUGGAGAUGGAAAGCGUUUCAUCAAAAUACUGGGAAAGGAGAAGCAUGAUCUUGCUGAGAGAGUAAUGAUAACUCGUCUUCACCUUUAUGGGAAAUGGGUCAAGAAAUGCAAUCAUGCUGAAAUAUACCAAGAGAUAUCUGAUGAGAACUUGGAGUUGAUGCGUGAACGGCUAAUGGAGACUGUUAUUUGGCCCUCGGAUGAUAUGAACACGGAGAAGAUUGGCUAAGAUGUUGCAACUUCACAUUCCAUUCAUUAGGUUAUACUUCUGUCAGUUGUUAGCUUUACUUCAUCCUUACUAAGCUUCAAUCUUAAUUUUCCCUUACCAUAUGCAAAUAGUUCCUAGAUACUUUACAGAAGCAAUUAUUACACAGUGAUAAUUUCCCCUUUCA